GUUAUGACCUUCUCUGGUUCUGUCUCCUUAUUGGCUGAUGUUGGACACAGGGGGUGGGGUGACGGUGACGUGUUUCCUUCAGCCUUCACAGUGUCCCGGUGAUUGCUGCUGGAGGUCGGAGCGGGGGAGAGUAAUUCCAUUCUGAAAUUGUGAGCUUUCCAGUUCCUGUUGGAAAUAGAAGUGCAGAACACUGUUAUAUUCCAAUCAGCCAUUGGCUGCACACUCUAGUGACCUAUUUAUAACUGUCUCUAUUUGGCCACAGCAGAGAAGAACAUAAUCAUGGCAGGUCGCAGAGUUGCAUUAAAAGCGGUGGACUGGAUGGCUUUUGCUGAGAGAGUCCCUCCAAAUCAAAAAGCCAUGUUUAUUGCAUUGAAGACUCGCAGCGAUGCUGUGGCUGCAAAGUUAAUAUCUCUCCCAGAGAAGCCUCCAACAAUUGACUGGGCAUUUUACCGAACUGCAGUGGCCAAGGCUGGCAUGGUGGAUGAGUUUGAGAAGAAGUUUAGUGCUCUCACCAUUCCAGAGCCAAAGGACACCCAGACAGAGAAGAUAAACACUCAGGAGCAGGAGUCUGUAAAGAAUGCAACAGCUUACAUUCAAGAAUCCAAGGCUCGUGUGUCGACGUAUGAAAAAGAGCUGCAGAAAUUUAGAAGCAUGAUCCCCUUUGACCAGAUGACAUUACAAGACUUGAAUGAAGCUUUCCCUGAAACCAAGCUGGACAAGGAGAAAUACACUUACUGGCCCCACAAGCCCAUUAGUGAUCUGUAAAUCGCCUCCACCUAGACUCAAUAAAAACCUUCUACAUUA